AUGUUCCGUACGCCAUGCAACACAGACCGGCGGCCUGAGCUUCUGGGAUCUGCCAAGUUGUACAAUAUCCAGGUUGUCGACAGUAUUCGGAUAGGCUUCUUUGGACUGGCCGGAACUGACUGGCCGUCAAACUGCGAGUGUCUACCACCAUCUCAUAUCGCGGAUCCGGUGGAGGUUGCCCAAAGUGUCGCGCGUUUCCUGAGGAACGACAAAGGGUGCGAUGUUGUUAUAGCUCUCACGCAUAUGCGUCUGAAAGAAGACUUGAAAGUAGCCCAUGCUACGGCUACGGGGGAUGCGAAGGUGGAUUUGCUCCUGGGUGGUCAUGACCAUGAAGUUGUCCGGCGAUUCGAUGCAGAUACAGAAGCGGAUUCGGAAGUGAUCCAACAAGGAUGCAAGAAUGCUGAUCUAAUCCAUGACGGGGAGGUUAGGGACGUUGAGGGUAAGAUACGCAUCAUCAAAAGUGGAACAGAUUGGAAGGGGCUGUCCUUGAUUCGACUGUGCGUUGAGAGGGACCCAGCGGGCACAGCUUUCCUAUCGACUGUGAAGUUAAAACAAUAUACCGACGUCAUAUUACAACGAGCGGCCUGCAUGACUUCCGAUUCUGCAAAGUUCUCCCAAAUGCUGAGCUCCAUCCAUGACCGCGUCGGCAGUCUCGUCCAACGACCAAUGCUGCAUACAGCCGUCUCCUUGGAUGGGCGCAACUCUCCCCUACGGAGCCAAGAGACUAAUCUCGGAAACAUGUUAGCUGAUGCUGUCAGGGCAUUCUACAAUACUGAAAUCGCUUUCUUCAACAGUGGAUCCGUUCGAUGUGACUCCAUUAUUGGUCCCACGGUUUCCAGCGGAGUGCCAAUUUUAGUGAGAGACAUAAUCAAUAUAUGUCCUUUUGGAAACAGCUUGGUUGUAAAGAAGAUCAGCGGAAAUGUGAUCUUACAGGCUUUGGAAAACUCCGUGUCGGAUUCUCAUACAGACGGGAGAUUUCUUCAAAUCUCGGGCCUGCGAAUUACCGCAAGUUGGGGAAGAAGCGAAGGGAACCGAAUUUUGAAAGCGACUUUCAUUCCACGCCAUGGUCAGCCUGAAGAUAUCAAACAUGAUCGCCUAUAUAUCACGGCUAUUCCAUCGUUCAUCGCCUCUGGUUUCGAUGGGUACACCUGGUUCCCAGACCAGCAAACAGUCAUCGACGGCGAGGCUGCAGUCACGGACACUGCCCUGAUGCUGGGUAUAUUUGGUGAUGAGGUCUCCUCGGGCGAUCCAAUCCACAAUAGACAUGAGAUGGGAAUUGAGAGGGCGAGAAGAUGUAUUGUUGUAGAGCACAGUGAUAUCGACGGACUACCAAUUGUGGCACCUAUUACUGAUGGUCGAAUCACGUUUAUUGAAUAG